CAUGUGCCCACUCCACCUAAAACCCUAGUUCUGCAUACUAUAUAAAGCUGCCAACUGCCUUGUCAUUUCCCGUUGCUUCCAUCACCGCAGCAGAUCCAUUGCGUCCCUGUUUACAGGUAACAAAAGAGAGAAUGAAGGUAAUUGCUGCAUAUUUGUUGGCUGUAUUGGGAGGCAACACCUGCCCUUCAGCUGAUGAUCUGAAGGACAUUCUUGGCUGUGUUGGGGCCGAAGUUGAAGAUGAUAGGAUUCAGCUUCUUUUAUCUGAGGUCAAGGGCAAAGAUAUAACAGAGCUUAUUGCAGCUGGGAGGGAAAAGCUUGCCUCUGUUCCUUCUGGUGGUGGUGUUGCUGUUUCAGCUGCUGCACCUGGAGCUGGUGCCGCUGCCGCACCUGCUGCAGCUGAGACUAAGAAGGAAGAGAAAGUUGAGGAGAAAGAGGAAUCUGAUGAUGAUAUGGGCUUCAGUCUCUUCGACUAAAGUUUUGAGUGGUUUCUCCAGAAAUUUUCUUUUCAAUUUAAGGCCGGCUUAGAUUUUAAAAUUUUGUUAUCUCGUGUUAUGUAGUUUUUUUUUCCAUAGAUUUGGUGGACAAGGCAUCUGAUUUGCUGAAACCCUAAUGUUGCAAUGGAAUUUCAGAAUUCAUUACGGUUAAUCUUCUUAAAUUUCAUUUCAUGUCAAAUGAUGAUGAAGAUCAAACAAAAGAAGAUGAAUUUUUGUUUAAUGUUUUGCAAUCUUUGCAAGAAUUACCAGUUGCAGCUC